AUGUUUAGUAGUGGAUGUAUUGUUGUGCUUGUCUACCUCUUUCUGUCUCCAGUAGUUCGUUCACGUAACCAUGCAGAAACUGAAAGCAGCAUGGAAAAAUCACUUAUUCGUGUGAUAUUAGAACGUUAUAAGCAAAAUGGUGUUGUUGGAAGACCUGUGAAUAAUAGUCGUGUGAAAAUGGUAGUUCAGUAUGGUCUCCAAAUGAUUCAACUGCUUGGGCUUGACGAAAAUAAACAAGUUUUAAGGACAAAUUGUUGGGCUGUAUAUAGAUGGAGUGAUUCAUUAUUGAAAUGGAAUGCAAGUCAGUAUGGUGGUAUUAAAGAAUUGAGAAUAUUUCCACAUCAAAUAUGGACACCUGAUAUUAAACUCUAUAAUUUUGCAGAUGAACGUUUACAGGAAUUUCGAGAAGGUCGCUUAGUAGUAGAUAGCAGUGGCAAUAUACUGUGGAUUCAGCAGGCAUUAUUCAGAAGCACAUGCCAAGUUGAAAUUACAUACUUUCCAUUUGAUAGUCAGGUUUGUAUGUUAGAGUUUGGUUCAAUGGCAUAUGACAAAACCCAAUUAGAUUUGGACUGGUGGAUACCAGAUGGCAGUGAUACGCCAAUGCCAUAUGUUGAUUUCUCAGAUUAUGUACCUGCAAAUGAUUGGUUUACAGAUGGAGAAGCAGAACGACAUAUUAGACAUGAAGACCGAGUACAUCAGUUGCGGUCUGUAAAACGAUAUCGAGUUAGAGAACAUUUGAUUGGAUCAACGAAACAUGAGAGAUAUUAUCCAGUUCUACGUUACUUAAUACGUAUUUAUCGCAAUCCAAGUUUUCACUUGUUUAUUUUAAUUGUUCCAUGUUUGUUAUUAUCACUGCUAAGUUUGGUUGUCUUUUGGUUACCACCAGACUCAGCCGCGAAAAUGAUGCUAGGCAUAAACAUCUUCGUGGGAUUUUUCGUAUUACUAUUACUAUUGGCGAAGUCAAUGCCUAGUGCAAUCAAAAAUUUCCCCAUUAUAGGUAUUUUCUUUUGCUUAAAUAUGGUCAUGGUCACAUUGUCAAUAUUUAUGGCUACUUGGGUAGUAAAUUUAUUUUAUAAAGGAAAUGAAGGUCAAGCAGUUCCAUUUUGGAUUCGUCGAUUUGUCAUUGAUGGAAUAGGUCGUAUGUUAGGAAUUCGACAAAUAAUCCCAUUAAUUGACAAGUCACAACGUUUAGAUCCAAACAUUUCUUCUUUAAAAAUUUCAUUAAAUGAAACUAAUUCAAUACAAUCUAAUUACCAUGAUAAUUAUUCAAUGAUAAAUAAUAAUAAUAAUAAUCAAUUUAAUAAUUUUUCUAGUGAACAACAGUUAAAUAAUAUUCAUUUAAUUAAUGAAAUAGUUUCUAAUCAUAUAAUUGAAAUGAAACAUAAUGAAUUAAAACAACAUUCAUAUAAUAUAAAAGAAUUUUUACAACAUAUAAAUGUAAAACAAAUUAAAUCUUCACAUAAAAAUUCAUUAGGUACUGAAUGGCGUAUAUUGGCAUUAAUUAUUGAUCGUUUAUUUUUUAUUAUUUAUUUAUUUACAUUGAUUACUAUUGCUUGUAUUGUUAUUUUAAAAACUGAUUUACCUGAUACAACAUUACAAUUAAUAAAUCGUAAUGUAGUUGAUUUACAAUAA